UGUUUCACCGGAAGACCGUUUACAGCCGCCACUUCCUUCCCACGUGAACCGCUCCAUGUGAGCACGGAUUUUACACCAAAUAAGUGUUUGUAUCCAAUGAUUGUCGUUAACAAUACCAUGGAUAUUAACGAAGAUGACGAGCAGUUAGGUGAGACGUCUGAGGAGGAUAACAGCGAAUUAUCUGACGGAGAGCUUCAAGAUGCAUUUGCAAAGGGGUUGUUAAAGCCUGGAUUGAACUUUACAACACAAGAACCGAAGAAGAUUGUCAACAAUGUGGAGGGUUUGAAACAGUGCCUUGCCGACUUCCGUAAGAACACAUUACCCUGGGUAGAGAGGCUGGACAUGGUCAAUCUCCCAGCUGAUGACAUCGUUGCCAAGUCUGAGGGCAGACUUGACAACAAGGCUAGCGGAGACCUCAACCCGGAUGACGACUUCCAGAGAGAGAUGUUCUUCUACCGCCAAGCCCAAGCAGCUGUUCUGGAGGCGAUGCCCCGGCUACAGAAGCUUAAGAUAGCCACCAAGAGACCUGAGGACUACUUUGCAGAGAUGGCCAAGUCAGACCAGCAAAUGCAGAAGAUCAGGAAGAAACUCAUCAUGAAGCAGACAAUGAUGGAGAAGUCCGAAAAGGCUAAGAAACUAAGAGAACAGAGGAAGUACGGCAAGAAGGUGCAAGUGGAGGUUAUUCAGAAGAGACAGAAGGAGAAAAAGGCCAUGAUGUCUGCCGUGAAGAAGUAUCAAAAAGGCAUGACUGACAAACUGGACUUCCUGGAAGGAGAUCAGAAAACAGCUAAAGGAGGAGCUCCAGCUAAAGGAGGAGCAGGGAAAGGAGCAGGAGGCCAAACACCUGAUAAAAAGGCCAUGAACAAAAAGGGCCCCAAUGCUAAGAGGAAGUAUAAGGACCAGAGGUUUGGCUUUGGCGGAAAGAAGAGUGGAACCAAGUGGAACACGAAGGACAGUCACAACGAUGUGUCAGGGUUCCGCGCUAAGGUGGCUCAUGGGAAAGGAGGAAAGGGAGGGAAAGGAGGUAAAGCGGGACCUGGAGGAAAAGGAGGAAGGGGCCCCGCCAAAGGAGGGACUAAACGACCGGGCAAGAAUGCACGCAAGAAGAUGAAGGGUCGCUCCUAAAGAGUUGAGUGCUGAAGGUCCUGCAGUCUGAUUGGUCCGUUGGUCUAUGACAUCAGGCCAGGUUUGCACCUCGUCAUCAGUCUUGGGUUACCCACAUUGCAUCCCAACUUCUGGAAGCGCAUAUAUUAAAGAGAAGUGCACUCUUUCUAUACUUAAUCACACACCACCCUUCAUGGAGCCCUUGGGCCAGUGGACUGAUAUGAAGGACUUUGUGUCACUAUGACCCAAGAUGUCCACUUGCAUCCUGCCCUCAGAAUGAUUUUUCCUAGAAUAUCGCGGAGGAGGCUAGAUGUGGACAACCUGACUGAGCAGUACUGUACUAUACACGCCAAAUUCAAUAACUGCCCUGCUACACUCCCUCUGCAGAGGAGGGGUGGUUUAAAACCCCAAACACGAAUUUGGACAUCAAAAGACAAUUACAUUUUGUUUUUAUUUUAUUACUGUCAGUAAAAUAAAUCUGUUUCUUUUAAAAAUAAAUCUUUAUAUGUUAACAUUUGUGAAACUAUUUGCUGACAGUGAUCAAUGAUCAAGCCACUUCAAUAAAUGUAUACUGUCAUUUAGUUUUUGUUAAUACUUAUAGAUUUUUGCUAAAUGCACACUUUGCAAGUCUGCUCAUUGACCCUCUGAUUCACUACCCCUAGUGACAUGACAUUUUGUAAUAUUGAACAGCUGUUAUGUUUGGCCUUUUCCAUCUAUCAAUAUUAUUAAUAUGUGAUGGGCCAAUGUGUUACUUUCUAUAGAUCUGGGUAAAUGUUUCUUCUAAAAACAGUUUUGGGGCAAGAAAACCCCUGGUUUAGCCUGAGUGCCAGUCUGUGCUAUUAUACAAACUCCUUGUCACUCAUUGUCAUGUCUGGCUUGACAAUGACCACAAUGGAGAUGGCAAGGGCACAAACAGACCUGGGACCAGGCUAUACCUGCUCCUGUAUCGGUUUCUUUUUGAUAAAUGAUUUGUGCUUCUUCAAUAUUUCUCUCCUGUGUGAAGUUAUGGUGUUUAUUGUGACCUUAUACAGUAGGUCUGUCUGCAACCAGUUAUUGUUUGCUUGGGACAGUAAAGCAAUAUUC